ACUGGCCGGGGGAGGUGCGAUAAAUGUUUUAAAAUGACAUAAUUUGUUUCUAUGGGGGUGUAAAACAUUUAUAAUUACUCUCACAGUCAAAGAAAGUUCAUUUUAUUAAAGAACCCACAAUCUCUAUUUGUCACCUCACUUAUUCUAUCCACUGGACAUGACACGGUUGUGGGAUGAAGACACUGGCCUUGCUCUAUCUUAUCUCGCGUGUCCUCAGCCAACCUUCCUGAUUACUGGUCAUAACGACACUUCAUUAAUUAAAGAAUUGAUCGUUAAUGUCCUAUACUGAGCAAGUUCUCCGACACUUUGUUAUGUCAUUCGUCAACUGAAAUCUAUACACAGAGCGCGAGCUUCUGUCGAUUAAGAAACCUGAGGACAUCCUUUGGUUUUCCUUUCUCCAUUACGUGUGGCAGGCAACUUAGGAAACCAACAUAACUAUUGCAGAUCCUAUCGGCUUGUCAAGUAAAGAUUUAAAAUCUAAAAAUUUAAAUGUGUUUUUAUUUUGCUCUGAAUAACAAUGACUUGUGAACAUAAAGUAAUUACUAAAGUUUAAAUGUGAUCUUGUUUUAUGUAAAUGUAUGGAGUAAAUUCAAGCCUGUAACGAUUUCAAAGGAACUGAAUUUGGUCGUUUGAAAUCAGCACAAGGUCUAUGUUUGAGCAUUGACCACACGACGGUAGUUGUUGUUAUCGUAAUGUCUGCGUUGUCGGUGUUAGAAUGUGUUGCUGUUGUGUCGUCACGUUGCGUGUCCUGGCGGUCAGGCCUGGCCCCACAAGUGGCGGAAGCUUAGUCUGUUGUCCUUUUGUUCUUUCCCUCACACAGUGCAGGCGUUCUUCAUAACCAGCUCUCCCUUGAACAACUGUGCUGGAAUCUCCGGAUCUCACUGGAACGAUAGAGAAGACAGAAGUGCUUUGUCUAUUCUUGCAACGUGCGAGUAGAACACGCGCGCAGAGUCUAUUGGAUUUUUGUGUUGUUUUUCAAAAAAUAAAUAUGGCAACUUUCCCACGGAGAACAAAGAAGUGUAUUUUGAUAUGCUGUCUUUUUGGAGCGAUCACUAUGAUCGAUCUUGUGGGUGCAAAUUCGAACUUGGAUACUAAAACUCAAGCCCUUGAGGAGUUCAAAGUCUCAAGCAAUGAUGAGUUGAUGAGAAAGUCGAAUGCCACGAGAACGUUGCUCAAUGAGGAAGGAAGACAGUCGUCCCAACACACAGACGGUUCUGAGAAACAAGCGGGAGUGAGGGACAAUUUGUUCAAGCAACACACCCGUCCAAGAUACCCGGCCAGGGGACCUGGACAAGUCUGGGAUGACGUCAUGAUGGGCUUCCAGACGUCCAUGUUGGAGAAGACGAGUGACGUCACGGCUCCCGGAGACCAGGAACAGUGCCAGGAGGAUCUCAGCCGAGUGUUCCUGUCUGCUGUCUCCCAGGCUCCCUGGGCCUUACAGUUUCUGGACUCCUGGGGGAAGCCUGGUGCUGGCUUAUUCAAGUACAAGCCUGCAUUUUACGGUGAUUUCGACACGUGCAUAGGGCUGGAGCCACCUGAAAACUUCACCACUCAGUACUGUACUGUGUCAGUGUCUGCAAAGAGACUUUCUUUUUUCAUGCGUUAUAUUGUCAGUGAUUGGGAAGACUGCUGUGAUGGUUUAAUAGUUCUCAGCGUCUUUGCUGGCCUCAUGGCACUCGGCACUAUCUAUGACGUCAUGGUGGUUCGGGGCUACUUCCGGGAGCUCACAGGAAGUGACGGCCUCUCCAGUAACAACGCGCGUCUAUCGGAGCAGAUAAGCGGUUCUUACACCGACUCCACGAUACGAUACAAUGCCAAAGGAGAGUAUCAGCCUCUGUUGGAUUCCACGCAGAAGUCUAUGGAGAUAGUCGUAGACUAUAAGCCAAGGUAG